AUAGAACAUAAUACGAAAUUGCGAAUGGUCGCGCUAAAUGGGAUGUGCUGAAGCUAUGGUUUGAAAGUCACGACCUGAGAUAGAUCAGAGGUGAAGAGCCCAUUCUACACUUCGUAAUCAGCGUGGCGUGAGAGCACGGCCAUGCCUCCUCCCUCUGACAUCGUCAAAGUGGCCAUCGAGUGGCCCGGUGCCAACGCUCAGCUCAUAGAGAUCGACCAGAAAAAACCCCUGUCCUCCAUCAUCAGGGAAGUGUGUGACGGCUGGUCGCUGUCAGGCUCGGAGCAGUUCGCCCUGCGCUACGCCGACGGGCCUCAGCUCUACAUCACCGAGCAGAGUCGUGGUGAGAUCAAGAAUGGGACCAUUCUGCGCCUGGCCAUUUCUCCCACGCGGGCCGCUCGGCAGCUGCUGGAGAGGAUCCAGUCUCACGGGAUGGACGCCCGGCUGGAGGCCCUGAAGGAGCUGGCCAAGCUGUCUGCUGAUCCCACCUUCGCCACCGAGUUCAUCAACAUGGAGGGCAUCGGCACCCUGGCCCGACUGGUGGAGAGCGGCACACACUUCGGGGAGAUGCUGGCGUUUACUCUGACCGCCUUCCUGGAGCUGAUGGAUCAUGGGAUUGUGUCCUGGGAUCUCAUCUCCCUGUCCUUCAUCAAACAGAUCGCGGGCUAUGUGAACCAGCCCAUGGUGGACGUGUCCAUCCUGCAGCGCUCGCUGGCGAUCCUGGAGAGCAUGGUGCUGAACAGCCACAGCCUCUACCACCGGGUGGCGCAAGAGAUCACCGUGGGACAGCUCAUCGCACACCUGCAAGUGUCCAAUCAGGAGAUCCAGACCUACGCCAUCGCGCUGAUCAACGCCCUCUUCCUCAAAGCGCCCGAGGACCGCCGGCAGGAGGAGCAUACUAACCCACUGGACCUGGGGCUCACCGAGAUGGCGAGCACCCUGGCACAGAAACACCUGCGAUCCAUCAUCCUUAAUCACGUCAUUCGCGGCAAUCGGCCAAUCAAAGCCGAGAUGGCGCACCAGCUGUACGUGCUUCAGGUGUUGACCUUUAACCUCCUGGAGGAGCGCAUGAUGACCAAAAUGGAUCCCAGUGACCAGGCUCAGAGGGACAUCAUAUUCGAGCUGCGCCGAAUCGCCUUCGACGGAGAGAACGACCCAGGUGGCACGGAGAAGCGGAAGGCCAUGUACACCAAGGACUACAAGAUGCUGGGCUUCACGAACCACGUGAACCCUGCCAUGGACUUCACGCAGACCCCUCCGGGCAUGCUGGCCCUGGAUAACAUGCUGUACCUGGCCAAGCUGCACCAGGACACCUACACCCGGAUUGUUCUGGAGAACAGCAGCCGUGAAGACAAGCACGAGUGUCCGUUUGGCCGCUGCGCGAUCGAGCUCACCCGCAUGCUGUGCGAGAUCCUGCAAGUGGGAGAACUGCCAAACGAGGGCUGUAAUGACUACCACCCCAUGUUCUUCACCCACGACCGAGCCUGGGAGGAGUUCUUCUGCGUCUGCAUCCAGCUGCUCAACAAGACCUGGAAGGAGAUGAGGGCCACAGCUGAAGACUUCAAUAAGGUGAUGCAGGUGGUGAAGGAGCAGAUCACUCGGGCUCUGGCCAUGAAGCCAGCCUCUCUGGACCAGCUGAAGAGUAAACUGCGGGGCCUGAGCUACUCUGAGAUCCUGCGCCUGCGCCAGUCUGAGAGGAUGAGCCAGGACGACUUCCAGUCCCCGCCCAUCAUAGAGCUGCGUGAGAGGAUCCAGCCGGAGAUCCUGGAGCUGAUAAAGCAGCAGCGGCUGAACCGCCUGUGUGACGGCAGCUGCUUCCGCAAGAUCGGCAACCGCAGGAGACAAGAUAAGUUCUGGUUCUGCCGCCUGUCUCUGAACCACAAGGUUCUGCACUACGGAGACCUGGAGGAGCCUCCCCAGGGAGAGGUGCCCUUCGAGCUGCUCAGCGACAAGAUACCAGUGUCUGAUAUCAAGUCAGUGGUGACCGGGAAGGACUGCCCUCAUAUGAAAGAGAAAAGUGCCCUCAAGCAGAACAAGGAGGUCCUGGAGUUGGCCUUUUCCAUUCUCUAUGAUCCUGAUGAGGCCCUCAACUUUGUGGCUCCAAAUAAAUAUGAGUACUGCGUCUGGACGGACGGGCUGUGCGCCCUGCUGGGCCGGGAGAUGGCGAGCGACCUCACGCGCAGCGACCUCGACACGCUCAUCACCAUGGAGAUGAAGCUCCGCCUGCUGGACCUGGAGAACAUCACCAUCCCCGAGGCCCCGCCCCCGGUGCCCAAAGAGCCCAGCACGUACAACUUCACCUACAACUACGGCUGA